UCUAAAUAUGCCUUUGUGAAAAAAGAAAUACCAGUGGCCCCAACGGUAGAUGAGAACCAGUGUCAUUAGGAAGGCCUUCGGGUCCAACCCUGUCUCUUCUGGGGAUACAGAGAAAGGGUAUCUGUGCAUAACUGCCACAUAUUGUUAAUACCCGUGGACAAGAGGAGACAGCUUUUUACCAAGGAAGCUGCAGACUUUACACAAGGCCAGGUGGUUUCCCUGAGUGCUGCCAAGAACGGCCAGCCCACACUGAGGCUUUGUCUGAGAGUCCCAGCACAACAGAAGGACUCUUCCUGGCUCUAGCUUCUGGCAGGAAUCCACAAGCCCUCAACUCUGGCAGCUCUUUCUUUUCACAUCUUAACCUGGAAGUGGCAGUGGCUUCCCGACUUUCUAAUUUGUGAAUGCCUUCCCGUUCUAUUUUGCCUCGUUUAUUCCAUCACCAACAUAGCAAUCCAGUAUGAAAUUCCCAAUAGUCCCACUUUCCUGAACAAACCCCCUGCUGAUCCUGAGAACGAAUUUAAAAACAGAAAUAAAAGUCUUGGAGCAAAGGACUAGCACGGACUCAUAGCUCUGAGCUCUGUAGCCCAGCACACGCAGUGACACCCUGCUCAGCGUCUAGCUGCCUAGUACUUACUACUCUAUAGCUUCACAGUCCUGCACUUCAUCAUGCGUACCUUUCAGAAUUUUUAGAAAGAACUUGACUCUUUUCAUUUUAUUGACACAUACCAAUUGUAUGUUUUCCUGUUAAUUGCAUUAGCAUAUUCUAUAUAAGUGGUUUCAAGACAUUGUCUGCAUGCUACACUCUGCCAUGUGGCAAUACCUUUUUUUCAACAUGGCAAGUUUGUUUUGCUUCUCUCUCGGUCUUCUCGAAAUCCCGAGACUCCUCCCUUCUAGUUCAAAUUCUCUUUUUGUCUGCAAGUCCUGCCUAACCUUAUCCUGUUCAGCUGUUGGCCAGUCAGCUUCUCUAUGAAACCAGUCACAGCGACCUAUAUUCACACAGUGUAAAGGAAUGUUCCACAUACCCUUCUGAAUAUGAGAUUCAGUAUAGAGGGUUUGUAUCCCAUUCAUUAUGUUUAGCACUGGACAUGUGAUUUCUUCUUGUUUCCUGUGGCAUAAGUCUUCUAUGACCGGAGAGGUCAUGGUGUUAGGAAUAAAGCAUGUGGUGUACCUUGGUGGAUUCCAUGGCAGGCAAGGGUGACGGAGGUAGGGGACAAACAUUCCAGGCAGACAGAGCUUAGUGAGAAGUUCUAUUAGAAAGGGAAGGAGCAGGGAGAAGGAAAGAGAAAAGAGGGAAAUGCAAUGCUCCCAGUCCUAGUGAGUUUGGAGAGCAGCUUCUGCCCUAACAGCCAGAGCUGAGGUCUUCCAUGCUGUGCUAACCUUUGACCUUGUUUCCCACUUCUGCCUUCCCUCCAGUGUCUUUCACUGCCCACAGCCAUGGGUCAGUCUUCUUCCACACCUGAUGCAAAUGCCCACAAUAUGGCCUCCAGCUUUAAUGCAUUUUUCAAAACUUUCAAGAUGGAGAGUAAAGUCAUUUCUGAGGAGACCAUCAAUUCAAUUGAGUUGUUUUUGAAGGAAGGGGACAUCCAGAAGGCGAUUUAUGCAAUCAACACUGCUUUGACAGACAUUGAGAAUGCCCCUCUGAGCAUUGCAGUGACUGGGGAGACUGGGGCAGGAAAGUCUACUUUCAUCAAUGCCCUGCGGGGCAUAGGGCAUGAAGAGAGUGAAUCAGCUCAGAGUGGCGUGGUGGAGACAACAAUGUAUAGAACGAAAUAUACCCACCCCAAGUUCCCUAAUGUAACCAUCUGGGAUCUCCCUGGGGUCGGGUCAACUAACUUUAAACCAGAAGACUAUCUGAAAAAAAUGAAUUUCCAGGAGUAUGACUUUUUUCUUAUCAUCUCAGCUACUCGCUUUAAAGAGAAUGACGCCCAACUGGCCAAAGCAAUUAGAAAAAUGAAAAAGAAUUUCUAUUUUGUUCGAACAAAAAUUGAUAGUGAUUUGUGGAAUCAGAAAAGAUGUACACCCAAGACCUACAAUAAGGAAAAACUCCUGAGGUUUAUCCGAGAAAAAUGUGUGGAGAAACUCCAGAUGGCCGAUGUCGCCUCCACUCGUGUGUUUUUGGUCUCUAGCGUUGAGGUAGCGAAGUUUGAUUUUCCUCUCCUGGAGUCCACCCUCUUGAAGGAGCUGCCGGCACACAAGCGACACAUCUUCAUGCAGUGUGUCCCUAAGGUAACUGAGGCUGCUAUUGAUCGCAGGAAAGAUGCCCUGAAACAGAAGAUCUGGCUCGAGGCUCUGAAGUCUGGAGCAUCGGCCACCAUCCCUAUGAUGUCUUUCUUCAAGGACGAAGUCCAGGAGCUGGAGAAGACCCUGAUCCACUACAGGUCUUGCUUUGGGCUGGAUGACAAGUCACUGGAAAACAUGGCCAGGGAUUUGUCCCUGCCUGUGAAGGAGCUUGAGUUCACCCUGAAGUCACCCCAUUUGCUGUCAUGUGAGACAGAUGAGUCUGUGGGGGAUAAACUGAUGAAAUACCUGGAGAAAAUAUUUGCUGUCACCGGUGGAUUCGUAGCCACUGGCCUUUACUUUAGAAAGAGUUACUACCUCCAAAAUUAUUUUCUUGAUGUAGUGACUGAUGAUGCUAAAAUUCUGCUUAAGAAAAAAGUUUUCAUGAAGGAACAUGAGGACUCUGAGUAAGGCUGCAAAGGCCACAGGGAAAAAAUGAGGCAGCUGGCCUGGGACUUAGCUGACUUUAGUGCUUUCAAGACACUGGAGACUGGAAAGACGGCUUAGGGUGUUCCUGAAGUACUCUGGCCAGGCUGUGAUGACUUUUAAACUUUAUGACAACAAUGUCAUAGCAAAACUAAGAUUCAGUGGUCAACUCUGAAAUACACUAAGGAAACUGUAUAAAAAGAGGAAAUCAAUGUGGAUGCUGUGUAUUAUCAUAAAAGUAUUUAGCUUGCCUUACGUAUAUAGAUUGUACACUAAAAACAGGUGAAAGGGAGGUCUUUCUUUUCGUGUGUGUGUGUGUGUGUGUG